AUGGAGGCAAAAGUGAUGGCUCAGAAUUACAACGAUGUUUUGAAUUCGAAAUUUGAUGAUAGACGUCAAACAAGCGGGGCUCGAACCGUUAGAAGAACGAAAGCAUCUUCACCUUUCAAGAGUCUUAAGAAGAGCAUUUUAUGGAGCAGUAAAAGUAAACGAGAUGAUGAAACAUUGGAUACAAGCAAGCGAAGAGCAGGGAAGAUGGUGGGAGACGAUCCAGGUAACAGAAGGUCUGCUCAACGUGUGACUUUGUUUAGGUAUGAUCACGUGAAAGUGAUGAAUUGUAGUGCUUAUCUGCAUCGAACGAAUUCUGGGUCGUCCGCUUCCACGUUACACUCUUAUUCGAGUGUUGUGCGAAAUGGUGAUGAGGAGUGUAUGUCUGUAAGCUCUAGGAGAACGACCUGUCUGGUGUCUGAUGGUCCGCUUGAACUAUACCAGAUAAUAUCACAAGGUGGGAAAACGCCUCAGAAAAUGACAUAUCUAUCGCUUGGUCGCAAAGGUACGAUAAUUCAUCCUAUUAUGCCCAGGUUAAGAGUUACGGAGCUCGAAAGUGACCAAUUUAAAAUCAUGAUUAUGUUGUACAAUCCAGAGCGAUUUUGGGAAAUUGAAUUUCUACCCCAUCACAGUGAACAAAAGAUUAGUCCGCCGGUCAAAACCAAUUUUGAAGACGUUGUACGCUCAAUUUGCCAAUAUGUACCAAAGGGGCCAGAGCUGAGCUCAGACUGUGAAAGCGGCAGUCUCAAGCAGAUCACUCAAUGCCUUGAUGAUGAAAACGCGAGUGAUAAAGAUUCAGACGAUUUAGAGUAUUUACUGGAUGAGGAACAUGAGCCCUUAGCAGAGCAAUUGGGGUUGAGAAAUUCUUCAGACGCUGACUGUCACGACCAAAUUAAUGCCGCGUUUCGAAAAGCGAUACAAAAUAUUGGUUUUCUUGGAGACAGAAGAGACAUUGCACUCUACGAAAAAAGGCACGGUUCACUCCCAGGGCUUUCACCACACUCGCAUUCCGAUCUUUCAAAUCGACGCUCUUAUUCGGUACCUACAAGAGCUGGUGAGCUGUUUGGCGACGAAAAAUGGAAGCGCUUCAGCAGUUGGAUGGAUAUUGAGCUCGAGGAUCUGUCGGAAAAUAAUUAG